AUGGGACCUCCUACUCAUCUGCUGACAGGUCAGGUUGGUGCUGAGAAAUGGCACAAGGACACACGUACAACAAUACAGGAAGCCUCUACAUUGACAAAGCGAUGUGGCAAGGAGGCCCUUGAACUUUGGUAUCCUGCCCAAGUCCCUGGCCAGCCUGAAGAAACACCAUAUGAGCACAAGCUGAAGCUUGACACUUGGAAAUUCAAGUUAGAUGUCUUGCCUACUGGAGAGGUGAUGAAAAAACCCCCAGAGGGGCCAGGGGUGACCCUAUGGAAGAGCAAAAUGAAGCCUCCCCCUUGGGUUUGCAAGUUAGCCUUGCCUUGCUCCCGGGACUAUAGCAACACCAAGACCAAUGAAUUUGUAGCCCAGUACUUCAGGGUGACACGCCUGGUAGUAAGCCGCAUGCGCCAGGCUCUAAUUGAAAUCAAUGAACAGUUCAAGGGGCUAUUGCGCAUGCGGCAGCAACUUGACACCAUGUUGGAUAAAAUCCGCCAGGGCCUCAUGACUAACAAGCAGAGCCAAGCCAUCCGGGAGCACCGGGCAGAAUCAGAAAAGAUACCUGACAAAGUAGAUGCACUCAUGAAAUGGGAGAAGGAGGAAUUUAGGAAACUGAAAGUCAAACUAGAGGGCCUGAUGGCAAUGUCAGGAGAUCAUCUUAAGAAACUAGGUACUUGUAGGCAAACCCUGAAUACCCUGUGUGGUGAACGUGGCCGUGUGCUCGACCUGAUGCCACAGCCUCUGCGCAUGGUUCUCUUAGGGGCUGGGCGGGAUUCCUGGCUUGGCCUGGACCGGCCCUCAUCCCCCUGGGUGCAGCGAAAUGAAACACCGAUUCCAGACCCAGUGGGACCAUUCACACCAGAGUGUGCAGGAGUUCUAGAAGAUGCCCGGCGACUUACUGUUCUCUCCAAGGAUAUGAUGCAUCAGUUACAAAAGACUAUCAAUGAGACACAGGACACCCGUAAUACUGUGCACAACGUCAUUGAGAAUAGCUUGCAAGGCAAGAGAGAGGAGACUCUCGAUUAUAAGGAAAAAUUAGACAUAACCAUGGGAGGAACACGCAGUACUUUGCACCGCUGCCAACGUUUCCAACAUGAGAUGUGUGUCACUCGUGGAAUGACACUGGGCCCUGAAAAUAUGAAGUACCUGGAGACACGGGAAAAGCUGACACGGCCAAUGGUGAGGGUGUAUCAGAGACACGUGGGAACGCAACUGCCUGAAGCUUCAGAGCUCAAUCAGUCCACUGCACAGUUAGAUCGCUGCAUAGAAGAUACAGACAGUAAUAUCCAACAUCUAAAAGCCACCCAGAAGUACUUGCGUGACUGUAUUCACAGCAAGCAGACAGGCUAUGAUGUGGAUGGUAGUAUUAAACGGCUGCGGCAGCGCCGCAUGCAUCCACGCAUCAGCACGAACGAGGUUUUCCAGUUGGUCUGUACCUAG